CAUUGAGGACCCCACUUAUAUCCAUCAAUUGCUUAAGCCUCUUUGAUGCCAAGGCCCGUGUCCAGAUGAGCCUCAGUACCUACCUACCUACAACAAAUAAACGAACCACAAUAAGAUUGUUGAUUUUACAUACAACUAAUAAUCCUAGCACCAGUUAAGCCACUGCCAGUGUUAAUUAUCAAGUCAACUCCAAGAAAAGGAAGAGGAAACGGAAGACGAAGACAAUGGCUACUCGUCGUAUUAUUUCCACAGAGAAGACUCUCCUCGACAAAGAUGACGACGGUACCUCCGGACAGGAGCAGUCGAGCAGUACCGCGCCAGCCGUCCCGAUCGGUGUAAUUAUUAAGUUGCUAGCCUUCACCUUUGCCAUGGUAGUCGUACCAAUCGGGUCUUAUUUCUUAACGGUGAACACCAUCUUCAGAGGAAAUUCCACGUACGCGGGAGCCCUUGCAGCUAUCAUGGCAAACGUUGUCCUUCUAGGCUACGUGAUUGUUGCCAUGAAUGAAGACCAGUCAGAACAGCUGGCAGCCAAGAAGAAAGAGGGAAAGAAGGACUAAUCAAAGACAUAUAUAUGGGAAGUUGUUCUCACUGUAGGUUGUUAUAUUUGGAGGCCUAGGUUUAUUAACUAGCUGCGUAAACAUGCCAGGAAAGUAACGGCGGUCUGUGUAUUUCCCAAAACCAUAUCUCAGCCCGGGGAAAUCGAGGGAAUCAUGCCUGAGGUACAUAUAUAUAUAUAUCUUAGGUUACAAGUAUUUGGCAUAUAACAUGCUAGUAUCACUACGGGCGAUACUACUUCAGAAAUGAAAGCACUUUUGUUCGGAAUUCCUCCUUAGUAUUACAUGUUCAUUACGUGA